AACACAUACAAAUCACACAUAAACCUGGCCCAACGGGUGCAUGGUGCGUUGAAAACACCAGGGUUCUAUCUUUCUGUCCGAUACUGUACUUCUUGCGCACCAUACCUCGCAACUAAAACUCUACAACAUCUAGCAAAAGUAGAAGCAAAUACGUACCCAGAGGCAACAAAGGUUUUAGCUAACGACUUUUACAUGGACGACAUGCUAACAGGAGUCAAUAGUGUAGAGCAGGGGUCUCCAAACUACGGCCCGCGGGCCGCAUGCGGCCCUCGAGAGCCUAUAAUGCGGCCCGCGGUGAUGUUGCAAAGGAUAAUGUAAAUAUCAUAUUAGUUUCACAAUUUUUAUCAAAUUUUUAAUUUUUACUAAACCAAGCCAAAAAUCAAGUUACUAAAAAAUAAAAAUGCAGAAUAUUCAUUAAGUAUUUUCAUAUGAAAAUAUGAUUUAAACGUUCUCAUUACCAAAAGUAACGUUAAAAUGGCCCGCAACAUCGUUAUUUACGAAGCAAUGCGGCCCACGAAUUGAAAAGUUUGGAGACCCCUGGUGUAGAGGAAGGGCAGAAACUCAGUGACCAAUUAUUGAAUUUACUUCAAUCUGCUGGUCUUUGUCUUCGUAAGUGGACAUCUAACUGCUCCGAACUACUAGAAAAAAUUCCCGUUGAUCUUCGGGAUGAUCGAACUGUUUAUGACCUUGAUUCGCCAACAUCAUGCAUCAAAAAAUUGGGUCUGAAAUGGCAACCAACAACCGACAAUUUUCUCUUCGAAACACCUGAGUACAGCAAUCAUGACAAUCCAGUUACGAAACGCAUUGCUGUAUCAGACUCGGCAAAACUUUUCGAUCCUUUAGGAUUGGUCGGUCCUGUGAUAGUGGCAGCUAAAAUGUAUCUUCAAGAGCUUUGGCGCAAUGAAACGUCUUGGGAUGAACCUCUCAACCCACCACUACAGAAACAGUGGAGAGAUUUUCGUAAAAAUCUUGCAGAACUUAAUAAAAUAAGUAUUCAACGUUGGGUUCUUUCUCACACGCCUGUAAAACAAAUACAGCUACACGGAUUUUGCGAUGCGUCUGAAAAGGCGUACGGCACUUGUAUUUACAUCAGAUCUGUAUCCAGCGAUGAUACAGUUACAGUGAAUUUACUAACGGCUAAAUCUAAAGUAGCUCCUCUGGCAACUUCGCGUAAACAAAAACGAGUUUGUUUACCUCGUUUAGAGCUAUCAGCCGACUUACUCUUGGCACAUCUGUAUGAAAAGGUUUCCGGUGCCUUGAAAAUUGAAAUAGAACCAUAUUUUUGGUCGGAUUCAAGUAUUGUCCUACACUGGUUGGCAGCAAACCCAUCGCGCUGGAAAACUUUCGUUGCGAAUCGUGUAUCGGAAAUAUAACAUCUCACUGCAAAUGGAAAAUGGAAUCACGUACCCGGUAUAGAAAAUCCAGCAGAUAUAAUUUCUCGCGGAAUGGAUCCAGCACAGCUACAGCAUGCCACCUUAUGGUGGAACGGCCCAAAUUGGCUAAAUGAAGAACCUCUGAUUUUCCCUACAAAGGUUGCAAGUAAGGUUGAACUACCGAAGGAAGAUCUCGAAGAAAGAGUUACGUUGGCAGCUCAUUCUAUUGAACCAAGUUUCAUUUUUAAACUGCGUUCGUCAUUUGGCGAUUUGAAAAGACUUGUAGCAUGGAUACUCAGAUUUGCUCACAAUGCAAAACUCAAAAAUCGUGAUCAACGACGAUUUACGCAUCUGACCACUGAAGAACUAAACGAUUCAAUCAAGUGUCUCGUCCGUCUAGCACAACAUGAAUCAUUUGCGGAAGAUUUUAAAAAUCUUGAAAAAAUGGUUUUGUUGCAAACCAUUCCAAGUUGAAGUCGUUAAAUCCAUACAUCGAAGCCGCCAUACUGCGAGUAGGUGGCAGGCUACGUCAUGCAGAAGUAUCUAACGAUCGACGACAUCCUAUGAUACUUCCAUCCAAUCAUCCCCUCACCGACAUGAUUGCAAUGUUCGUUCAUCUGAAAAUGUUGCAUGCCAGCCCUCAAUUUCUGACCACGAGCCUGCGCGAAAGGUUUUGGCCUUUGCGAGUCAGAAAUUUAGCCCGAAAGACAGUGCACUCAUGUUUGCAAUGUUUCCGCUGUCGACCAACAUCGCUUCAACAAAUUAUGGGCGACUUACCAAUGGAACGCGUGUCUCCAGCCUUACCAUUCGUCCGCACGGGAGUGGAUCUAUGUGGUCCGAUAGCAUACCGCUAUCCCCAUAGAAAAUCGCAACCGCUGAAAGGAUACGUGGUCAUUUUUGUAUGCAUGGUCGUGAAAGCGGUGCACAUCGAUCUUGUUACAGACUUGACCACAGACGCCUUUAUUGCGGCCCUACGCAGAUUCAUCGCGCGCAGAGCUCAGCAAUUCAAGGACCAGGCAUGGCAAGGCGACAUAACUCGGAAGUGCAGCGAUGAAGGCAUCGAAUUUAAGUUCAUCCCCCCUCGUUCUCCGAAUUUUGGCGGCCUAUGGGAGGCGGCUGUCAAAUCCUUCAAAAAUCAUCUGAGGCCUACGAUGGGAAACGCGUUGCUGACCUACGAGCAGCUCACCACGCUUCUAACGCAGAUCGAGAGUUGCAUGAAUUCUCGACCUUUGACUCAACUAUCAACCGAUCCAGCUUAUCUUGACGUUUUGACGCCGGGACAUUUCCUCCGCUUUCUGCCUUGGCCGAACCAUCCCUGGAAGCGGUUCCAAUCAACCAGCUGAAUCAAUGGCAGGAAGUACAAGAAUAUCUUCGAAGGCUGUGGAAACGUUGGAGUACUGAGUAUUUGUCCGGUCUACAACCACGGACAAAGUGGACCCGCCAACGCAACAACAUCUCCGUCGGAACAAUGGUGCUUGUGAAAGACGAUGGUUUACCACCCCUGAAAUGGUGUUACGGUAGAAUAGUUGAGAUUUUUCCGGGAAGUGAUGGGAACAUAAGAGUAGUUACCGUCAAAACGAAAGAUGGGUUGUACAAGCGCGGAAUAUCAAAAAUCUGUAUUUUGCCUGUAACCGAAAACAAUUCUGUUGAAUUCAAUAAUUCAACCGGGGGGGGAGUAUGUCGAAGCAAAAGAAUACGAUGCUAGGAACUAGGGGCGCCAUAUGGUGUGAGCGAAGCGAAAACAAUACUAAGAACUCUGUAUUUGCUUUGUAAAACAAUGAAACAAUAUGAACAGUGUGAAGCCUGCUCGCAAGUGGGAUGAAAAGUUGAACAAAAGACAAUUGUCUGCGCUAAGGCACGUGCGCGCUUUUGGUGGCCGAUCGGCCUUUCUUAGAAUUUCCUAGGUUAAGCGACAAACCAGAGAAGUUUGCUAUCACGAGCGUAUGAAAUCGAAAAUUAGUCCAUCUUUAGCACUCGACGCGAUCGGUCAAAAUAAAUGAAUUGUCACAGCAGUCCAA